AGGCUUCCUUUCAGUUGAGGCCUUCAUGGCAAAGAGGAAGUAAUUGGCGACCACGGAGACUAAGAUACCCGGCUGCUGUUCCGGCGGCGGCAUCGGAAGUUUCCUCCAGUCCAGGUCUAAGGCCAGAACUGCCGUCUCAGGAUAUUUUAAUCCCAUUAUGAGCAAUAGAGAAGCCUGAGUCAGAGGCGUGUUGUGAAAUGAGUGGUCGUGGCCUGACCUGGAAACUGUGUUGCAAUCCCAGAGCAGAAGAAAAGCCUCACGUGAUUCAGAAGCAAGUUUCAGCAAGCCAUCAGGAUGGCAGAGAUUUAAUUUAGGGCUGUGUCUGGCUGGAGCCCCGAAGGAGAAACCCGUUUUCUGCUUUCCUGCAUUUGGAGUAUCCAGAGUCUCUUCUGGAAACAGGAGACCAUGUUUCGCAGCGAGGAGAUGUGCUUGGCCCAGCUCUUCUUGCAGUCGGCUUCAUCCUACGCAUGUGUUAGCGAAUUAGGGGAGCAAGGCCUCGUGGAGUUCCGUGAUCUGAAUCCUCAUGUCAGUGCCUUCCAGCGGCGCUUUGUGGGAGAAUUGCGGCGUUGUGAAGAAAUGGAAAAAACUUUCACUUUUUUGGCCCAGGAAGCACAGAAAGCUGGACGGUCAUUGAAGCCUCCAGAGGAGAAUCUGCCAGCCCCCUUGGCCCGUGAGGCCCUGCAAAUACAGGAGCAGUCUGAGACCCUGUCAAAGGAGCUGCGGGAAGUGAGCCACAACCGGGAGGCCCUGCUUGGUCAGCUACAGGAACUGCGGGAGCAUAUUCAGGUGCUGCAGGAGGGCCAGCGUUUCACUGGUCAAUUGCAGGUGCCCCUUGAUUCGCCUGUCCUUUCUCGUGCUUUCUCUGAAAGAGAUCCUCUGCUUGAUCCCACCGUGCUACACCGCCCUGACCUCAGAAUCAACUUUGUGGCAGGUGUGAUACAUCCAUGGCGGGUUAAUUCCUUUGAACGGCUGUUGUGGCGUGCAUGCCGUGGCUACCUUGUUCCUCAUUUCACAGAGAUGACAGAGCCUAUUGAGAAUCCAUCCACGGGGGAAAGCAUCACCUGGGUCAUCUUCCUCAUCUCCUACUGGGGUGAACAGAUUGGGCAGAAAAUCCGUAAAAUCGCCAACUGCUUUCACUGCCACCUGCACCCAUAUCCUGAGAAUGAAGCUGAGCGCAUGGAUACCUUGCAUGGGCUGCGAACUCAAGUGGAAGACCUGAACAUAGUAUUGGGCCAGACAGAGCAGUACUUGGACCAGGUGCUUCAAAAAGUACUUUCAGUUCUACCUGCAUGGCAAGUCCAGAUCCAGAAGAUGAAAGCUAUCUACUUCAUCCUCAACCAGUGCAGCUUCAGCAUCACUGAUAAAUGCCUCAUUGGGGAGGUCUGGUGCCCUGUUCGUGACCUUCCUGCUGUGCAGCUGGCCCUGCGCGAAGGAUCGCAUCGCAGUGGUUCUGGAGUGGAGUCCUUUGUCCACCGGAUUAUCAGCACUGAGAGCCCUCCAACACUCAUUCGCACCAAUAAAUUCACUGCUGGCUUCCAGAACAUUAUUGAUGCCUAUGGGGUGGCUAGCUAUCAAGAGAUGAACCCAGCUCCUUACACCAUCAUCACUUUCCCUUUCCUCUUUGCCGUCAUGUUUGGGGAUGUUGGCCAUGGACUACUGAUGUUCCUCUUUGCCCUUUGGAUGGUGCUUUUUGAGAACCGACCUGGAAUGAAGAAGGCGGAAAAUGAGAUCUGGCAGAUGUUCUUUGCGGGCCGCUACCUCAUCCUCUUAAUGGGUGCCUUUUCUAUUUACACGGGUUUCAUCUACAACGAAUGCUUCAGCAAGGCACUGACUAUCUUCCCCUCUGCUUGGAGUGUCGCUGCUAUGGCCAACAACUCGGACUGGAGCUCGGAAUAUAUCAUAGAAAGCCUUUCUCUAAAUCUGGACCCCAAUGUCACUGGCGUGUUUAAUGGUCCCUACCCUUUUGGGAUAGAUCCGAUCUGGAGUCUGGCUAUCAAUCAUCUCACCUUUCUAAACUCCUUCAAAAUGAAGAUGUCUGUAAUCUUAGGCAUUUUUCACAUGAGCUUUGGAGUGUUUGUUGGCAUCUUCAACCACUUCCACUUCAAGCAAAAAUACAAGAUCCUAUUGGUUUUCCUUCCAGAAAUCACUUUCCUUUUGCUGCUUUUUGGCUACCUUGUAAUCCUGAUAUUUUACAAAUGGUUUAUGUAUGAUGCUUCUAACUCCAUGUUCGCCCCUAGCAUUCUCAUCCAGUUCAUUAACAUGUUCCUGUUUUCAGAGAGUCCUGGAAGUGCUCCACUCUUUAAGCAUCAGAAAACAGUGCAGCUGGUAUUGAUGGUGGUGGCUGUGCUCUCUGUGCCCAUCCUGCUGCUGGGGACGCCCUUUUAUCUUUGGCACAAACAUUGCCAGAAAGUUCCUAAAUCUCGGCACAAUCCUUCCACAGCAGGAGAGCGGCAACCUCUGCUGAACUCAGAGGAUCGAAAGAGAUCUGUGAACAUUGCUGAAGGUGACAUGAAUCACAUGGAAAGCAGCCAAGAGGAGGAGGAGGAGGAGAAGAAGUUUGACUUUGGUGACGUCUUUAUGCAUCAAACAAUCCACACUAUUGAGUUUUGCCUGGGCUGCAUCUCGAACACGGCCUCUUAUCUGCGUCUCUGGGCCCUCAGCUUGGCCCACGCACAGCUCUCAGAGGUCCUCUGGAGCAUGGUGAUGAAGAAUGGCUUUGUGAUGGGCUACCAAGGCGGGGUUAUCCUUGUUCCCGUCUUUGCUUUCUUCGCAGUAUUGACUGUGGCAAUUUUACUGGUGAUGGAGGGACUCUCAGCUUUCCUGCACGCUCUACGUCUUCAUUGGGUGGAAUUCCAGAACAAAUUCUAUUCAGGUGCUGGGUACCAGUUCAGCCCCUUCACCUUCACCAGUGACAUUUGGAUCUAAGAAGAAAAGUGACUGCUUCUUUCCAGAAAGGGAAUAUUGAUGUGUGUUCCUGAACUAAUGGGCAAAGCUACCAGCUUAUGUUGCUUCUUCUUUUUUUAAACUGAUUCUUUCUUCCCCUCCACUGGUUGUGACCUCUGUCCAGGUGGAACAUGCACUAGCCUUUUACAACUAAACCAAGAUCCUGUGCUGACUCACACAUGAAAUAUCAGUAUUUAGGCUGACAUUUUGGAACUGAAGGAACAAUCUUCCAGAUCUGUGUUUUGAAUCAUGCCACAUUGUUUCCAGAUCUUUUGAUAGGUUGCUCCAAUAACUUUCUUACCUAUGUCUCUGUAACCUGAGAGCUCUAGUGGGAAAGAAUAGUAAAAGACCGUAAGGAAAAUCAGAAUAUAGGAAAUAUUGAAAUGUGGUCCAAUAAGACUUACAAGGACAUUGUCCAUGUGUAUCACUCAUCUAUGUAAAAAGGGAUCAGUUACUUGUUUAAGGUUAGUUGACGAGACCUGGCCUAGGCACUUUUUAAAUUACCUUCUGCAGAUUUGCACUAGAAUUUUAUUGGGUGUUAAUGUCCAGGUCAGCCUCAAUUUUUUUUUAAAUGACAAAGAACUCAGAUUGAUGCUGCAUCUACCAAAAUAUGAGUUGGAGGCACUGGGAAGUCCAAUCUGUCAAGACAGGCUUGAUCUAAAGCAAUACAAUUGACAUGUUGGGGGUUAAUACAGGAAAAUGGAUUUAGAUGACUGUGGUUGUUCUUUCUAUCUUUUGAACUCAGUUUACUGGCUGUUAGCAAAGCACACCAAUGGAAACAUGGACCAGAGGUGGAGCAAAUGAAAAACGGCACCUCUCCCAUGUAGGCCAACUAAGUUUAAUUCUGCCAAAAACAAAAGAGGGAUUCUUGGCUUGGAGUACAUGACAAGUUUCCUUCACAUUGAAGGCAGGGAGGCUUCAGAAAUGCAUCAAAACCUUGUCACAUCCUCCCAUUAAGAGAAGGACAGUGCAUUCAAUAGGCCAUGUAGCAUUCUAAAGACAUUGAAAUCCUUAUCCCUGUGGCACUAACUCGGCAAUAAAAAUAAAACUCGCUGCAUUUUUA